AGAAGCCGCGGAAAGGAGAGAAAUUUCUUUUUUCGUAAAAAAAAAAAAUGGCGGUCUCCUCAUCUUCAUUUUCUCCUAGGGUUUUUAAUGCCUAUUCUUCAUUUGAGUGCCGUCCGGAUCCCGACUUCUCUGGUGCGCCGAUCGGUGACAAGCCUCGUGUUUCGUGCAGCCGAAGGGUGACGGCGUCGUCGCUUUAUGCCGGAGGUGUCAGUACACGUGGUUUGUCGUCUCUGAUCUUUCGUUUCCCGCCGAAUUUCGUGCGUCAGCUCAGCAUCAAGGCUCGACGCAACUGUAGCAAUAUCGGUGUCGCGCAAAUCGUCGCUGCUUCGUGGUCGAAUGGUCCCGCUUCGGAUUCCCCCUCCCCGGCGGCUGCUGCAGCCGCCGCCGCCGUCACUGUCAAUGAUGACGUGACGAAUGUAGAAGAUUGUACUGACAACCGUAGUGUACAGAUUGGAGGUUCAGAUAAUUCAGCGACAUCGUUUUUGCGCUCCGAUGGGAGCAUCACUGUUCAUGCUGGUGAAAGAUUAGGUCGCGGUAUUGUUACUGAUGCAAUUACCACUCCAGUGGUUAAUACUUCCGCUUACUUCUUUAAGAAAACUCAGGAGCUUAUUGACUUCAAGGAGAAACGCCAUACAAGUUUUGAAUAUGGGCGGUAUGGAAAUCCAACCACAGUGGUUGCAGAGGAGAAGAUAAGUGCACUUGAGGGAGCUGAGUCGACCCUGAUUAUGGCAUCUGGUAUGUGUGCUAGCACGGUCAUGUUGAUGGCAUUAGUCCCUGCUGGGGGACAUAUGGUGACAACAACAGAUUGCUACCGGAAAACUAGGAUAUUCAUUGAGAACUUUCUGCCUAAAAUGGGAAUCUCGGUUACUGUUAUUGAUCCAGCAGAUGUGGAUGGCCUGGAGGCUGCACUCAACAAGAACAAAGUUUCUCUUUUCUUUACCGAGUCUCCAACAAAUCCUUUCCUCAGAUGUGUUGACAUAGAAAGAGUUUCAAAGCUGUGUCACAGCAAAGGAGCACUUGUCUGCAUUGAUGGUACCUUCGCUACACCUCUUAACCAGAAGGCCCUGGCCCUUGGUGCUGAUCUUGUUUUGCACUCUGCUACAAAAUUCAUUGGUGGCCAUAAUGAUGUUCUUGCUGGUUGCAUAAGUGGUCCAGAGAAGCUGAUUACUGAAAUUCGUACUUUGCAUCAUAUUUUGGGUGGUACACUCAACCCGGUGAGUUGUCCUUACCUGAAUCUUGAUCAAGUAAUUUUGCAUUGUCUAUCAUGUUUUUGUCUAAACGUACAUGCUUAUUUUAAUGCCGCUUACCUAAUCAUCAGAGGCAUGAAGACGCUGCAUCUUCGUGUAAAGCAACAGAAUUCAACAGCAUUAAGGAUGGCCAAAGUUUUAGAGGCACAUCCUAGGGUGAGACGAGUCUAUUAUCCAGGCUUGCCAAGUCAUCCAGAACAUGAAAUUGCCAAGCAGCAAAUGACUGGCUUUGGUGGUGUGGUCAGUUUUGAGGUGGAUGGAGAUUUGAUGACCACCAGCAAGUUUGUUGAUGCAUUAAGGAUUCCAUACAUUGCUCCAUCCUUUGGUGGUUGUGAGAGCAUUGUCGAUCAGCCGGCUAUUAUGUCCUAUUGGGAUCUUAGCCAAGCGGAGAGGCGCAAGUACGGGAUUGAAGAUAACUUGGUUCGUUUCAGCUUCGGAGUUGAAGACUUUCAAGAUUUGAAGGCUGAUGUACAGCAGGCAUUGGAUAGCAUAUAAUGCCGCGCAUCGCAGUUUCCUAGACCCCUUCCAUUUUGGGUUUAGGUUUAAAUGAGCAAGUUAUUUUGUUGUUUCAAUUGGCGUUGAAGUUCUCUGGCGUUGAAUUCCCCAAUCAAUAAUUUGGAACUUCGUUAAUGGGGGGAUUGAUUUUCUAUUAUAUGAA